AUGGUCCGGCCCUACCGAGCACUUGUGCACUAUGACAAGGAGAUUCGGACCAAGUAUCGUGAACUAGGAGAGGCCAUUCUGGCCAAAUCCAAGGAGGAGCCCGAGGGCGAAAACCCGGAGGAAAAUGAGAAUGAAAAGCAAGAUGCCUCUGAGACAAAGGAUGCAGCUGAAGAUGGAUCGAAAGAUGAACAUGCAUCUUCCCUGACUGCUUAUCAACAUCUCGGCUGCCUCAUUCAAUUCAUGGAUCGCGUUGUCCAGGCCAAGAUAAACUACCUAUCACAACCCUCCGGCCUGCGAACAAUAGCAUUCAAACACAUCUGGUACCUCUUCAAGCCAGGAGACACCGUAGUCGGCCAAGGACAACAGCAAGUAUACAGAGUCAUGAACGUCACCAGCACAGGCCACUUGGUCACUCCGCCCUGGCGAAACUGGAAAAAGGACGAAAACUCGCCAGUGGAAACCAUCACGCUUCACUGCGUCUACAUUGACUUUGACGGCAAACAGCUGGGCCCCGUGACUCAAACCUUUACCAUUGAAAAGUUUGACGGCGAAAAGGCCAUCACUGCUCUCGACGCCUAUCCCAUCCGGUUCGCAGUCGCGGGUCAUCACAUCCGCAAUGGAGACACGGAAACUGGUGAGAUGUAUUACACAAGAAAACUAGUCGAGCGCGGCAAAGUAUUUGUCGAUGUCGCACAUAUUAAACACAUGCACUACAACGGCUUUGCGCUCGAGACGCGCGACGAGGUCGACAGCCAAGUCAUGAUUGACUUUGCAGAGGCCUUUGCAGUCAAGGAUGCAGAAACCGCCGCGGCAAACGCCAUGAACGAGUCGGCCCAGGUGAAUUCCUGGCAGCCAAGGGUGGAAUCCAUCAUCGGACGAGAUUUGGGGCAAAGUUCUUCAUCAGACGACAAGGACGCGCACUCGUGCCUGGGAGCGUGCUGCAAAGGCGACUAUGUCUAUGCCGACGCCUACAUUGAGAAGAAGAGAUAUGAAGAAUACGCGGCAAGCAUCAUGCCCGAUCCCGAGGAGCUGAAUGUUGAGCCGCCCGUGGCUAUUCAUCCCCGUUCACUAAAGGAAUUGACAGCAGCCAAGGACUCGCUGACAGAUGACGACUUCUUGAUCAUGCCGUAUCGGGUAUUUGGAUUCGUCUUGCGAAGCCGUAAAUGGGCAAAACUCGAUCUUAAAUACUUGACUCCCGUGGACGAAGUCCUAAAGAAGAAGACAGCUUUUGACCAGCUCGUCCUCCCAACGGGCCACAAGGAUAUAGUUCACUGCUUAGUCGCCCAACACUUUCGCGACAAGGCAGCUAGAGUCAGUGAUAACGAAGAAGUGGAUAUCGUACGAGGAAAGGGAAAGGGUCUUAUCAUCCUCCUCCACGGAGCUCCUGGAGUGGGCAAGACAACCACCGCCGAGGGCGUUGCUGAACGCUUCAACAAGCCAUUGUUCCAAAUCACAUGUGGAGAUCUCGGCACCACAGCCAGCGAAGUCGAAACCGCUCUCGAGCGCAACUUCAGCCUCGCCAACCGCUGGGGCAGCAUCCUCCUCCUCGACGAAGCCGACGUCUUCCUCGCCCAACGAUCCCCAAAGAACUUUAUCCGCAACGGCCUUGUAGCCGUCUUCCUCCGCGUCCUAGAAUACUACGCCGGCAUCCUCUUCCUCACAACCAACCGCAUCGGCGACUUCGACGAAGCCUUUGCCUCCCGCAUCCACGUCAGCCUCUACUACCCGCCGCUCGACCUCAAAUCCACCCGCAAAAUCUUCAAGCUCAACCUGCGCCUCAUCAAGGAGCGCUUCCAAGAGAAGAACCGCUCCAUCACCAUCAACAAGAAGCAAAUCCUAAACUAUGCAAGCGACUACUGGCAAAACAACGAAAAGAUGCGCUGGAACGGCCGCCAGAUCCGAAACGCCUGCCAGACCGCCCUGGCCAUUGCCGAGUUCGACGCUCAAAGGGAUGCCGCCGGCGACGACGACGCAAAGGACGCGCAGGUCACGCUGUCCGACGGCCACAUCAACACCGUCUUCUCGGCCUAUCUCGAGUUCAUGCGCUACCUCAAGAACAUCUACGGCAAGGACGCCGACAGAGUCGCCAAAGACAUGGGCAUCCGCGCG